GUUCACGUAGUUAACUGUCUGUAUACGUGCUGUAGGAGAUACGAUUUGGUGACAAUUUGUGAAAGUAAUUGUGUUAACUAUAAUCAUGGACUCGAUUUUGCCACCGCCGCCGCCAUUUUUGUUCGUUAAUAGUUUAGAAAAUGUUACGACGGGAAAUUUAUCAAAAGAGUGGGAAAAAUGGAAGAACUCAUUUCUCAUUUAUUAUGAAGCAUGUGAGCUGUCGAAGAAAGACAAGAAAGUGCAAUUAAGCAUCCUUUUACAUAUCAUCGGCGAGCAGUGCCGGGAAGUGCAUGAGCAAUUUGAUAAAGCAUCGAUAACGACAUACUCGGAGUUAUUGGAUAAGUUUGACUCAUUUUUCCUACCUCAAAAGAAUCUAACUAUUGAGCGGCACAGAUUUUUUACUCGCGAUCAAAAGGAAGGCGAGUCUAUCGAACAAUAUUCGUUCGAGUUAAAAAAACUGGCGAGUUCGUGUGAAUUUAAAGACCUAAUGGAGACUUUAAUUCGGGACAGACUUAUUUGUGGAAUAAAGGACCACGCGAUUCGGGAAAGACUACUACGGGAACCAGAUUUAACUCUGAAGAAAUUAUUAGAUAUUUGUAAUGUUGCGCAAAUUUCGAAGGUACAGGCCGGAGCCAUAAAAAAAGAAUCUGUGGAGCAUCAUGCCUAUGCGGUACAACGAGAUUAUUUUGGGCAUCAAGGAGUAGUGCGGGAAACGGCUUGUGAAGAGAAUAGUGAUAUUAGUGAUGUAAAUCGGGUAAUGUGGGUAUCUCGGCGAGGAGCGCCUGCGCAUCGAGGUGCAACGCGCGGGUGGCCCCGCGGUCGUAGGCAGCAGCUAUCCCGUCCUCGUGCGCCGCCCGCUCACCAGCCAGCCGUGCCUGCGCCAGAGCAGCGCUGGGAUCCACCCAUGCAACGAAAUCAGCUGACGCAUAAACACGGUCGUGGUAGUGAGCGUAGUGCAUGGUGUUCAAUGUGUGGUUAUGAACAUGGGAGCUCUAGAUGUCCUGCUGCAGGAAAGAGGUGUUUGAACUGCAACCGAUUUGAUCACUUUUCCCGGAUGUGCACAAUUUACGAGAUUCGAGCGGAUGACUCAACCGAUCAGAGUACAGUGACGUUUUUGAAGGGGUAG